AUGGAUCGCACCACCUGGCUGGAUGGCCUGCGUGGUAUCGCAGCGGCCAUCGUCGCGACAGAUCACUACUUCAUGGGCGGCGUUUUGGACUACGCUUUUAAUUCAUUCUGGGCCGAUCCACCAGAGGAAAACAGGCGGUUACUCCAGCUACCUCCAAUUCGCCUCAUAUUUGCAGCCCACGCCAUGGUGCCGAUGUUCCUGGUGAUUUCGGGCUAUGCCAUCUCAAUCAAUCUUCUUCGACUGCGAAAUAGCAGCACCGCUGACUUUGUGCGCCGGCUGUCGUCUGCUGUGACGCGCCGUGUGUUCCGCAUUUACUUGCCUGUCUUUGUAAUCGCGGCCAUCUCACAGGUCCUUUACUUCUGUAAUAUCUACCAGUGGAGCUUUGGUGAUGAGGUCGUGUGGGGUCGGAAACCUUGGACUGCACCGUGGCUACAUGUCACUUUUGUCUUUCGCUACAUGCUGGACAUUAUGAAUAUCUUGAAUUUCCAAGGGAAUCCCGGACUCAACGGUCAGUUGUGGACUAUGCCUUUGGAGUUCCGGGGAUCGUGUGUUGUCUACCUCGCCGUCUUGGGAUUGGCAUUCUGGAGGCCGCAGCUUCGCAGGUUAGCAUUAGCCGCACUGAUGGCAUAUUGGUUCUACUUUGGACUUUGGGACAUCUUUGCAUUCUUAACCGGUCUCUAUCUCGCUGAAACGCGUCUUUUGUCCGGUGUACGCGCAGAAGACGGCGAGCCGAAACUGCCCUAUUACUCGUGGACGCCGAGUAUCAAGUCCAUCGACUUUUCAACAGUCCGAACCGCUUUCUGCUUCGUUCUUGGGAUUUAUCUGGUUUGCCUUGGUGACGACGGAGAGCUACCACCGGGAUACCAAUUCCUGAAGCUCGUCGAAUCCUCCCGCUGGGAGAAUGACUGGGCGGUUAUGAGCAAAAGCUGGAAAACAGUGGGCGCAGUGCUUGUCGUCUACGCGAUCAGCCAAUCGCCUCGUCUGCAAAAUCCGUUAAACUCUGCGCCCAUGCAGUAUCUGGGCAGGAUAUCAUUUUCGCUGUACUUGGUUCAUCAGUCGAUCUACCAUCUUGUGCGCGAUCCGGUAAGGAAUUUCUUGUGGUAUAUUGCUACCAGAGAGGCAUAUCCUGGGACGCAGGCAGCAAGUGAAUUCACGGUGCCCUUUGCCUUUACAUGGCUUGUGGGGUAUAUAAUAAUGUCUGCCGUUAAUAUUUACGUCGCAGAUCUGUAUACCCGUUUUGUGGACGAGCGAUGUGUACGGGGUGCGAAGAAAAUUGAUAGAUGGCUUACUAGGUAG